AUGGGAAAUAUCGCUGGAGUGCACGAGUUGAAAGAGGCGAUGGGGAUGAGAAUGAGGGCGCUUGGUGUGCAGCUGGAAGAGACAAGGAGGGAGUUUAGAGGGCAGGUGGAGGAGAGGGAGAGAGAGCUAGGAGCAGUGAAAGAGAAGCUGGAGGAGACUGAGGGACGACAAGUGGUAGAGAUAAGGGAGAUGAGAGAGCAGGUGGAGGAGAGGGAAAGAGAGCUGGCAGCAGUGAAGGGGGAGCUGGCCGAACACAAGGAGGCUAUGAGAGAGCAAUGGGAUGUGGCUGAGAGAAGGAGAGAAUCGAUUUUGAGAGAAUUGAGAGAGGAGGCAAGAAAGGGAGAGGAAGAAAUGAGGGCGGAGUUGGCAAGGGAGAGGGAGGAGAGGAGGUGGGAGGUGCAGGAGGUAGAGAGGAGAAGAGCAGCAGACUUGAUGGAGAUGAGAGGGCAGAUGGAGGAGAGGGAGAGAGAGCUGGCAGCAGUGAAGGGGGAGCUGGCUGAACAGAAGAAUGUUCUUGUGAAGUUGGAUGUUGACCUGCAAUUCAGAGAGAGUGAAGGCGAUCAGAAGACGGCAUGGCAGAAGCUGCUUGUGGCAGCGCCAUGCCCUCAAUCAGGUGGCAUGGCGUGGAGGGAGGUGAGGCUGGUGGAGAGGGCAACUGAGGGAAGCCAUACCAUGGAGGCUGAUCCCGCCCCCCCCCCCCCCCCUGCUACCCCAUCCCACGCUCGCUGCCUCUCACUCCUCCCUCUGCCUGCCCCUCCUUCGCGCUGCUGCUCCACUGCGCCCACUGCCUGUCUGGCCCCGUCGCUUGCGGCACCCAGGCGAAGUGGUCCCACGAAGGAGCAGACGGCGAGCACGGAUGCUGCGGGGCUCACUUGGGCGGACGGCGACAAGGAGAGCAAGGAACAGGAGGAGCGACACGGGGAAGCGAGAGGGGGAGAAGCGGGGAAGAAGGGCAAGAACGGUGGGACGGAAGGAGAAGGAAGCCCACUCACUCACAUACCUCGCUCCCGUGCAUCCUUCUCCCUUGCGUUCUCCCUUCCCCCCUCCCCCUCAUCCCCACCUCGCACACCCCUCUCCCCCGCUCUCUUCCCCGCUGUCCAUGCCCAGCGCCCACCGUGGUGCGCCCCUCGUCCGUCAGCCACCGCAGUGCCACCGCCGCCGCCUCCCGUGCCCUCUCGCCCUCCCCAACGCUCGGGCAAGUUGCCGCAGGAUGAGGAGCAGGUGGAGGAGGCUACAGCCAUGGCGCUGAGAACGCCUGAGGCAACCGCGCCAUGGCAUUCGGUGCCGCCACGCCUGAUUUCGCAGCCCUGGAACAGCCCUCCCUUGGGGCGCUCUCCGUCACCAACGGGGGAGGUGCAGCGGGGAGGGACGUGGUGGGGGGGAGGCGGGAAGCGCGCGGGAGAGACCAGGCGUCACCGCCGUCACCCCUCAUCACCGCACCGCUCCUCUUGCGCCCUUCGCAUCCGCCGCGAAAGCAAUAUCCCCGGACCCUGCGCAGCUUCCGUCUGCCCCUGUGGGGUUGGCUGCUGUGGCGAGCCCGUGGGAUGGCGGCAGGAGGAAAACUCGCACUUUGAGCUCCCCUCCCCUGUUGGAUUGGAGGAUACGGGUGGUACCCACCGUUGUAUGACAGCUCGUCCAUCAGCCACCGCGGUGCCGCCGCCGCCGCCGCCGUCUCCCAUGCCCUCUCGCCUUCCCCUUCGCUCCGGCAAGUUGCCGCAGGAUGAGGAGCAGGUGGAGGAGGCUACAGCCAUGGCGCUGAGAACGCCGCAGCCCGGCCUUGAGGCGCUCCUCCAGCAGGUCGAAGAUGACCAGGAUGGAGAGUGGGCUGGCAUAUUCUCCUCACCGCACCUGCCACUGUUGCUGCCACUGGCCGGCCUUGUAACGCGCUGUGUGUGGAGAGGCGUUGGGAGCAGUGGCCGCACAGGGAGCGGGCAUGGGGGCAGCCGGGGGAGCGGAGAUGAAGGGGGGAAUGGCGUGGCCCCGGGGUGCGGAAGGCCCUACCGGCAUGGUGUGGCUGGCGGGUACGAAGCUGGGGUAGGCGGGGGCUGGGGAGGAGAGGGGCGGCGAUGGCAUACCGUGGCUUAG